AUGAUCGCAAGAGAAGAGAAGGAAGAAGAGAAGCGCCAGCUUCCUGUUACCCUGCUUUCUGGGUUCCUGGGAAGCGGCAAAACAACCCUCCUCGAACACAUCCUCAAAUCCCCCUCACACGGCCUCCGCAUCGCCGUCAUCGUCAACGAUAUGAGCUCCCUCAACAUCGACGCUGCCCUAAUAACCCACCACAAAGUCUCUCAAACAAAGGAAAAGCUCAUCCAGCUGCAAAACGGGUGCAUCUGCUGUACAUUGCGCGGCGACCUCCUCGCCGAGCUCGCGCGGCUGACGAAGCAGGAGGAGGUCGAUUAUGUUGUGAUCGAGUCCACGGGGAUCAGCGAGCCGAUGCAGGUUGCCGAGACGUUUACGAGUGAGUUUUCGCUGGCGAUGGUGCAGGCUGAGGGGGAGUUUGGUGUUCAAGAUGGAGAAGGCGAGGGUGGGGAUGGGAUGGAGGGGGUGGAUGAGGAGGGGAGGAGGAUUCUGGAGGAAAUGUAUGCCGCUCUUUCGUUUUUCUUACUUCUUUUCUCGUGCUCCGUCUCCAUGGCUGAGAUACUGAUACCGAGCAACAGCGCCCAAAUGGGCGGCCUGCACAAAAUCGCCAAACUCGACACAACCGUAACCGUAAUCGACACCUUCAACCUUCUCUCCAACUUCGACACGACCGAAUUCCUAUCCGACCGGUACGGCCGCGACCAAAUCAUCCCCGAAGACGAACGCACAAUCUCCGACCUCAUGGUCGACCAGAUCGAGUUCGCCGACGUGCUCAUCAUGAACAAGAUCGAGACCGUGUCUGAAGAGGUCAAGGGCAAAAUACGGAGGCUGAUCGGGUUACUAAACCCGGACGCGAAGCUCAUCGAGGCCUCGUAUUCCAAGGUCGAUGUGAGGGAGAUUAUUGGGACGGGGAGGUUUGAUUUCCUCAAGGCGGCGAGUGGGGCUGGGUGGUUGAGGAGUUUGCAUGAGAUGAGUGUUGUCAAUACGGGGGUUGGGAAGAGGGUUGCGCCCAAGCCGGAGACGUUGGAGUACGGGAUCAACAACUUCGUCUACACGGCACGACGCCCCUUCCAUCCGCGAAAGCUCUUUGAGCUUCUGCACGACAAGUUCAUCCUCCUGCAGUCACUGCACUCUCACGACGACGGCGAGGACGAAGAUGAGGACGAGGAAGAAGAAGACGAGGACGACUCGCAGGAAAACGCCGAAGACUCAGACGCCGACGAAGCCAUGGAAUCCGACACGGAAUCCAUCUCCGACUUCAACCAGCCCGACCAAGCCCUAAUCCUCCAAAACAAACGCUCCCACCCAGCCUUCGGCCCAAUCCUCCGGAGCAAAGGCUUCUUCUGGCUCGCCACCCGGCCCAUGCACUUUGGCGAAUGGAGCCAAGCAGGCGGGAUGCUCACCGUCGGCCCGGGAGGUCCCUGGUUCGCCGAAGUCCCCGAGGAGGACUGGCCGGAGGACAAGGAUGUGCGCGAGUCGAUUGAGCGGGAUUUCCAGGGAAAGUGGGGGGAUCGACGGCAGGAGCUGGUGUUUAUUGGGGAGGGGUUGGAUGUGCAGGCUAUUACGGAGUUGUUGGAUGGGUGUUUGUUGGAUGAUAAGGAUUGGAGGCGGUGGGAGCAGGUUAUGGGGAGUAAGAAGAUGGAUUCUACAAGGAAGGCGGAGAAACUCGCGGGCAUGUGGGAGGAUGGGUGGGAGGAUUGGCCCGAGGGUGACGAGGAGAUGGCCCAUUAA